AUGUCGAUCCGAAAUAGUGAAGGGGGGCAAAAUGUGCCUCGGACUCUGACAAGAGGGUUGUCAUGCAGCAGCAGCUCACUGUUGGAACCAACAGAAGAGUGGAAGCAAGCCGAAAUUACCGAUCAGGCCGGCACUGUCACGUCGUUUAUUGCACUUCUUACGGUCUUUACACCGCCAUCCAGCUGUUCGACUAUUUACCGGUUGAACGGGUUCAGUCUCGUUGCCUACGAUCCAGGUUUCGGCGUCGAUAUCGACACCCGAGUACAAUGUGUUCCAGCAGCAGUUACAACAUGGGGGGAACAGGGCCGUCUGGGGUUCAAUACUGGUGAAGGGCACACGGCCGUCAGCAUUGGGCCCUUGGCAUGCCCUGAUCGAUGGACCACGGUUGCAACUUCUAUCAAAGACAAUCACAGCACACUCGCAAUGUGUUGUCCGCCGGACUACACGCUUGCAAAUGGGCUAUCCGGUUCGAUCAUGGGCGACUGUCGGUCCAAUCUCUUAACCGACGCCGUCAUAACUUAUGCGUCAACACACUUCACCAAUAGACAAGCCUGGACAAUGGCAACGUCAACAAUAGUGAGACCAACGUACGUCGGUGCCAUUGCAAUUCUUGGUUGGACUCUGGAUCUCGCUGCAUCCGAAACUGUUUCAGCUACAGCGACCAGCGUCGACGGAACUACGGCCACAACAAUCAUUUCCGGGCAAGUCGAGACAGCUACCAACGCCCCUCUCCUUACGACCACGAUACCCAGCCCCUUCCCCACUACUACUCGGUCAGCUUUUGAAGCAACUGAAAGUCCCGCUGUUCCAGGCCUACCGCUUCCCACUGCCAUUGGUAUUGGUGUUGGUGCUGGAGUUGGUGUGAUAUCUCUUGCUGCACUUGCGUUCUUUCUCUGGCGCAGAAGGCGGAAACAACACCGCGGUUCCGACGCACCGCCGAUCUCCGAGUCGUACCCUCCGAUAAUGAUGGAACCUGACAAGUAUUUGUAUGCUACACAUUAUCACGAGCUUUACGGGCAGCAACACGAGAGACAUCAGGGACCGACUGAGAUGUUCGUUCCGCAAAACUUCGCUGAACUGGAUGCCAACGUUCGUGAGACGAGGUAG